ACCUCUCGUGCAUUAAUAACUGACUCCCAGACAAGUGUCCCAAACUCACCACCCAUCCUCCUCCACUGGGCAGAAUUUCUAAUCCCUCGAACUUCCUCUCACCAUGAAGCAGACACACAGUUACACAGCCUCCCAGUAUGUGAAUGACAACGGCUUUCCCUUAAGCUGGAUGUGCCGUUGCUGUAUCACCAGUGGUAUGACCAGUGGCAUGAAGGAUGAAAUCGAAGAGCAUCACUUGCGCAGCCAAACUCAGCCUGGCAAGAUCAUCGGUCGCCCUGCUGGGCUUCAAACAUACCCCAAGCGAACAACCAUGCAAUACCAGCGGCAAUCCCCCGACACGACGGUGCAGAAUUCGCAGAAAGGCGAGCGGCAGGAGGCGGCCGAAUCGACGUCGAACGCUUGAGAUUUCACGAUUUACGCUUCGCUCACCCACAGUCUUCCGACUACAUUGCAGGAGCAGGUCUCCAUAGUCACAAACAUGUCCAUUUACGGGCACGCGGGAAACCCCUUCGGAGGCUUGCUAUUCCGUCGAGACACGCUACUCUCCACAAGAGCCCAACACUCUUCGUUGUGUGAGCAGCCUGGUCGGAGUAAGGAGAAAAGGAAUGGAUAGACGACCCGGCUCGGUUGGCGCUGGCCAUAACCACAUUCCGCAUUCCGACGCGCGGGAACGAAGAAAGUAGAUCUCUCUUCAACGAGACCAUGAUAUUACCAAAUCUUUGUCUCUCCAGGCAACAACAUCACGAAUACACCUACAGUGCCCGCCGCCUUGCCGUUUAUUGCUCUGACUUAUCAGGAUAGGACGGAUUAUCGGAGGAGACAACAUGGAGAAUUUUAACCCACGACACGGCUGUCCUACUGUCAAACUUCUGGCCCCCUUCCACCGUUAGUGCUCGCUUUUCGACCUUCCCAGUUGGUUGCCUUCUUGAUCUCCGGCACGAUCUCAAUGACACUGGGGAUCUGAAAUCGCGCCAUAUUGCCUCUGGCCCACUCCCAGAGAUCCCUCUCCGUGGUUUUUGAGUUACUAACCCCUGGGCGCCGUUCGACCGUGACUCCGACGUCUUCUUCCGUUCCCGUG